AAAAAAAAGUCCCUUGCCAACUACUUUCCAGACCCUUUCAAAAACCCCCCCUGUGCUGAGUCGCGCGCUCAGCUCGGCCGUCUCUUAAUCAAAUCCUCGAUUGACGCGACGGCUUCUCUCCCACGUCGACUUUAUUUUUGCUAUCUACCUACCUAACCUAUCUAUCAUUGGUGGUUUUAAUCAUCAGCACGCUCGUUACUCGCGACAACAAAUCGCAACCUAUUAGCCAUGAGGCUCGCCUCUCUCGCGCUGUUUUUCAGCGCCGCCGUUCUCGGCACCGCGCAAGCAAUUGGUUCAGAGACGAGCAGUAGUCCUGACCGGGAAAAUACAUAUUUUAAUGGCAAAAGAGUACCCCCAUUACUCGAGUUAACCCCCGAUACAUUCGACAAGGAGGUGAAGCUCUCAAAAUUCAUGGUUGUUAAAUAUUACAGUCCGUUUUGUAUUCACUGUAUAGAUUAUGCGCCCACCUAUCAGACCUUGUACGAAUACUACUACACUUCGAAAGCACCGAGCGACUCCGAAUCGGGAACGGCUGCAUCUUCCUUCGAGAAGUUCUACGAUAUCAGAUUUGCCGCGGUAAAUUGCGUGGCUUAUGGUGAUUUGUGUAAUAAGCAUGAAAUCACUACAUGGCCCGAGACUCGAAUUCUAAAACGUGGCGAGGUCGCUGGUCGUGUCAAUGGUGGUAAAGAUAUAUCUAUUGUCGCGAAGAUGGUCGAAGACGAGCUCGAGAAAGAAAAGCCUGGUACUCGCCCGAAAGAACUUUCACUUCCCAAACCUGGCGCAAAAUCAUUUCCAGAAGGAUCAUCCGAAACUGGAGAAGCGACCGAGAAGAAGGCUGAAAAGCCUGCGAAGGCCGAAUCUGACGAUGCUACUCCUGUGACGAAGUCUACGCCAGUGAAAGUGGACAGUGUGAAGCCAGCCAAGCCGACCAAGACCCCCAACGAGCAAGGAAUUUCUGUUUCCUUGACGGCCGAGAGUUUUCAGACUCUCGUAACAAUGACCCAGGAGCCGUGGUUUAUCAAGUUCUAUGCUCCCUGGUGUCAUCAUUGCCAAGCUAUGGCUGCCAAUUGGCAACAACUAGCUAAGGAGAUGAAGGGAAAACUUAAUGUGGGCGAGGUAAACUGUGAUGUAGAAUCUAGGCUAUGUAAGGAUGCCCACCUUAAAGGUUAUCCCAGCAUUCUGUUCUUCAGAGGAGGCGAGCGCGUUGAGUACAAUGGCCUGCGCGGGCUUGGCGAUUUCCUACAAUACGCUGAAAAGGCCUUGGAUAUUUCCAAUGGCGUCCAGGAUGUGGAUGCCUCGUCUUUUAAGGCCCUGGAAGAAAAAGAGGAUGUUAUCUUCGUCUAUUUCUACGACCACGCCACUACUAGCGAAGACUUUAUGGCCCUCGAGAGAUUACCCCUCAGUCUAAUCGGACACGCCAAGUUAGUCAAGACGAAAGACCCUGUGCUCUACGAUAGGUUCAAAAUCACGACAUGGCCAAGAUUACUCGUCUCGCGAGAAGGAAGACCUACGUACUACACACCCUUAACCCCUAGGGAAAUGCGCGAUACCCAUCUAGUUCUUACUUGGAUGAAGUCUGUCUGGCUACCUAUCGUCCCCGAGCUUACUGCCUCCAAUGCCCGUGAAAUCAUGGAUGGAAAGAUUGUUGUCCUAGGAAUCCUAAAUAGGGAAGACCAGGAGACUUUCUUGAGCGCUAAGCGCGAGAUGAAGCGCGCUGCGAACGAGUGGAUGGAUAAGCAAAUACAGUUGUUCCAGCUGGAGCGACAGAACCUUCGCGACGCUAAGCAGCUCCGACUCGAAGAGGCAGAAGACCGCAAUGACCAACGGGCUCUACGGGCCGCCAAAAGUAUCCGCAUCAGUAUGGACAUGUCUGACCGUAAGGAGGUCACAUUUGCCUGGGUUGACGGUGUCUUUUGGCAACGGUGGAUUCGGACCACUUAUGGUAUCGAUAUUAAGGAUGGUGAGCGUGUGAUCAUCAACGACGAGGACAACCGACGAUACUGGGACAUGACUAUAACUGGUAGCCCGAUUGUUCCCUCACGUGUAUCGAUCCUGGAGACCAUUUCGAAGGUCACCGCUUCUCCCCCGCUAAUAAAACCUAAGCUCACGAUUUCGAGCUUCGAGAAGAUCUUCUUUGACAUAAGAGUCACCUUCUCCGAGCAUCCAUACCUCUCCUUAGGCUGCAUAGCAGGAAUUGGUCUUGGCUGUGCCUCAUGGUUCAGGGGACGCAUCCGGAGGAACCGCGGCCACUUCCGCCUAGAAGAUAACCUCCCUAUCAAAGAGAUAAAGGAGGGUCUCCUCGGCAACACGGCUAACGGGAAGAAGGACUGAAUAAGCAUUUUUUUUUUCAGGCGAGGAAAUAAAUAAUUGAAGCAUCGGCAUUUGGGAAGACAUGAGUUAACUGGAGUUGAUGAUAUUCAUCCAGCGGGAGUUUCUGUAUACUACUUACUCUCUUGUGUUCCUUACGCUUUGCACAUGCG